AUAUCGUUUAUUUAGGGUCUUGAUACAUAGGUUUCGACACCAAUUUUAAUUCAAUGGCUCUUUAUUCUGUGGCCCAUCUAAAGAUUCUAAUGGAAGCAAUAAGAACGAUUCGUGAACGAUCCUAUAAACAAUUGAACAUCGAUUACAUCCCAGAAUGCCCGGAUUGGAAUCCAAGGAUUCAAAAGGUCAUGGACGAGGAAAUGAACCUAUGCAUUUUGCAUUUGCAAGCUAUUUGCAGAAUGUGUAAUCGAAUUGAGGAAAUCUACCAGAUUAUUAUGUUGGUGCAAGCCAUGAAUGCUUUGGCCCUUUUUUGUACCAGCCUGUUCUUGCUCUCCUCAGUUCCUCUCUUAAGCAGCAGUUUCCUUGUGGAGCUAAUCUACUGGUGUGGACUCAUUUGGCAAUUCCUUCAAUAUUGUUGGUAUGGAGAUAGACUUACAACAACAAGUUUACAGGUGUCCGAUGCUUUCUAUGAAGCAGACUGGCUGCAUGCAUCCAAAAGUUUCAAACACAAAAUGUUAUUUUCGAUGUGUCGCCUUAGAAGACCCAUCAUCCUCACCGCCGGUAAAUUUAUGUACUUGAAGCUAUCUACGUUCGUUGCAAUUCUGAAAGCAUCUUAUUCUUUCUACGCCCUGUUGAAAAAUUCUUCGGGAGGACCUACACGUUUAAUGUAA